AUGCCUUCCAAAGAGCAUGGGGCUGCCACAGGGACUCUUGCCAGUGAAGUGUCAAAACAACUGGGACGGAUGGGACCCAACGUGGAGAACGAGAUCGUGGCCUUUUCCGGAUCUGGGAUUCGAGCUGAGGGUAGGGGGAAGGAAGCCGACUUCGCAUGGGGACCUCAAGUCCCCCCAGAUGCUGUCGAUGAUUCAGGAUCGGUGACGGUCGCUGUCGAAGUGGCUGUUUCUCAAAAACCCACCAUGCUCAAACGGGACAUUGACUAUUGGUUGAGUCCCACAGCUGGGAACGCGAAUCUAGUCAUUGCCGUCAAAGUGGGAAGAUCAGACCCUGAAGUCAGCAUUGAAUUAUGGCGACAGGCCGACAGAGGCGCUCACCGCACCCAGCACACCAUCAUCAAAAAAGUGAACAGCAGGGUGAUCAUUUUGGGGGAUGAGGUGACUAUUCCAUUCAAGGAUUUGCUUGGAAGAGAAAGGUCGGCCCCAGGAGAGAUCGAUGUGACAAUCACGAAAGAGCAAUUGGAAAGGGUGGCGAGAGCAAUUUGGAGUCAACAGCGCUUCUAG